CAGCGCAACGGGCCGGUUCCUGGGCGGCAUUCAGCGAUGACAGUUUGAUAUCUCACGAAUACCGUUUCGCACCCUCAUACACAGCGGAGCUUUACGCACAGCAUGCUUCGAUUGGACCAAACGGCACCCGUGGCGCACUGAAACGGGACUUGGAAAGUUACUUAAACCGAACGAAGCUUAUUCUGUAUCUGGGCGGACUCCGUGAACGGGAGGUUCUUCACUGCAAAAGACUCGUCUUGGGGAUAACAAAUAGCAACGCGCCAGGAACAGAACUAACUUUUUGGUUUACAUGAAUGAGAAUAGCACAGCGUCAUUGAUUAUGAGCGAAUUAUCACGCCUCUAAUCAUAUCCUGGGGACCGUUAUCAACAGUUCGUGAACUAGAGGCGUUUGCGCUCUGGACUGGGAAUAUACUGAUUGAUCAAACAUUUAUCAAGUGAAUGCAUGAGAGUAGAGACAGUGGAUGAACGGACAAAAGUCUGUUAUCAGUCUGCCGUGCUUUGGAGUCGUUGACUGCUAAACCUGAAGUUUUAACAUACUGUUCACAAACUCACACCUACAAAGGAGUUUAACAGUAUUGAAGUUUAAGAUAUAAAUGUGAAGGAUUAGUCUCUUGAGUCGCACAAGACCUCGCACAAGACGCGCCAGAGACACUCAGAACAUUACGCGCACAACUGUGGCUGAACUGUGGAGGAGCAACAUGUGCCGGACAAAAGCGUUCAGUAUCUCUCCAUCUGCCUCUCUGGCAAUGUUUGGGAAUUCGGGUAAAGCCAGAAAGAGACCCUGUUGGAUUGUAAUAUUGCUGUCGGUGCUCCUACAUCUGGCGUCAGCACAAGAUGACGUUCCUCCAUACUUUAAAACAGAGCCUGUACCGAGUCAGUUGCACCUGGAGAGGAACCGGUUGGUUCUGACCUGUAUGGCCGAGGGGAGCUGGCCUUUGGAGUUUAAAUGGAUCCACAACGACACAGAGAUCACGCGGUUCUCGCUGGAGUACAGGUAUUUGAUACCAUCUCUGGACAGAUCGCAUGCUGGCUUCUAUCGGUGUAUUGUGAGGAACAGAGUCGGAGCGUUGUUACAGAGGAGAACCGAAGUACAAGUGGCAUAUAUGGGAAGUUUCGAGGAAGGGGAACGGGCCCAAGCCGUAUCCCAAGGAGAAGGAGCCGUAAUACCAGCACCUCGCAUUCGCUGUUUCCCUCAACCACAGGUUACCUGGUUCAGAGACGGACGCAAAAUCCCUCCCAGCAGUCGGAUAGCCAUUACUCUGGACAAUACACUGGUCAUCCUGUCCACCGUGGCCCCAGAUGCUGGAAGAUACUACGUACAAGCUGUAAAUGACAAGAAUGGUGAAAACAAGACUGGCCAGCCCAUAACACUGUCAGUGGAAAAUGUUGGUGGUCCUGCAGACCCCAUCGCUCCCACCAUUGUCAUCCCACCAAGGAACACUAGUGUCAUCUCCGGCACCUCUGAGGUCACCAUGGAGUGUGUGGCCAACGCUAGGCCACUAAUAAAGCUGAGCAUCAGUUGGAAGAAGGAUGGUGUUCCAGUGAGGAGUGGACUGAGUGAUUUUAACCGUAAACUGACGGUGUUGAGUCCAGUGGUCAGUGAUUCUGGCUUCUACGAGUGUGAAGCUGUCCUCCGCAGCAGCAGCGUUCCCUCUGUCAGUGCUGGAGCGUACCUACAUGUGCUCGAACCACCUCAGUUUGUGAAGGAACCAGAAAAACACAUCACAGCUGAGAUGGAAAAGGUAGUGGACAUUCCCUGCCAGGCCAGAGGUGUGCCUCAGCCUGAUAUUGUGUGGUACAAGGACGCAGUACCCAUAAGCCCCGUGAAGACCCCGCGCUACAGAGUGCUGGCAGGAGGUAGUCUCCAGGUUAACGGCCUUCUGCCUGAUGACACCGGAAUGUUCCAGUGCUUCGCCCGCAACCAGGCCGGAGAGGUGCAGACCAACACCUACCUCGCCGUUACGAGCAUAGCACCGAACAUCACAGCAGGGCCUUCCGACAGCACUGUGAUUGACGGCAUGUCAGUUAUCCUGCACUGUGAGACCUCAGGAGCGCCCCGUCCUGCCAUCACCUGGCAGAAAGGAGAACGAGUGCUGGCAAGCGGUUCGGUUCAGCUUCCGCGGUUCACUCUCCUAGAGUCAGGAAGUUUACUCAUAAGCCCCUCCCACAUAUCAGACGCCGGCACCUACACCUGCAUGGCCAGCAACUCCCGAGGCAUAGACGAGGCUUCAGCCGACCUCGUGGUCUGGGCACGUACACGCAUCACUAAUCCUCCUCAGGAUCAGAGCGUCAUCAAAGGAACAAAAGCCACCAUGACCUGCGGUGUGACGCAUGACCCCAGUGUCUCAGUCAGGUUUGUUUGGGAGAAGGAAGGUCAGGUGGUCAUCCCUCAGUCUCUGCCUCGACUGAGGCUGGAUGUCAACGGGACGCUGCACAUCUCUCAGACCUGGUCAGGUGACAUCGGCACAUACACCUGCAGAGUGACAUCAGUGGGCGGCAAUGAUUCCCGGAGCGCGCACUUACGUGUGAGGCAGUUACCUCAUGCCCCUGAGAACCCCAGCGCAGUGUUAAGCACCACAGAGAAGAGAGCUAUAAACCUGACAUGGGCCAAACCUUUUGACGGGAACAGCCCUCUCAUCCGCUACAUUCUGGAAGUGUCUGAAAACAAUGCUCCAUGGACAGUCCUGUUGGCCAACAUCGAGCCGGAGUCGACUGCUGUAACGGUCAACGGGCUCAUCCCGGCGCGCUCAUACCAGUUCCGCCUGUGUGCUGUCAACGACGUUGGCAAGGGCCAGUUCAGCAAGGAGACUGAACGGUAUCGUCUGACCGGUCUGCCUGUGGAUAUCCAGUAUAAAAAUAUCUCUAACCCUGAUGUCACCAACCUGCUGCUGGAGGAUCUCAUCAUCUGGACGAAUUAUGAAAUUGAGGUGGCGGCAUAUAACGGAGCUGGACUGGGUGUUUACUCCCAUAAAGUUACAGAGUGGACACUCCAAGGAGUUCCCACCAUCGCUCCAGGCAAUGUGAAAGCCGAGCCCGUCAACUCCACCACAAUACGCUUCACCUGGACAGCCCCGAACCCGCAGUUCAUCAACGGCAUCAACCAGGGCUACAAGCUGUUAGCAUGGGAGCCAGGAAAGGAAGAUGAGAUGACGAUAGUGACGGUUCGGCCGAACUUCCAGGACAGCGUGCAUGUAGGCCACAUCACCGGCUUAAAGAAGUUUUCCGAGUACUUCACCUCUGUGCUCUGCUUCACCACACCAGGAGAUGGUCCUCGCAGUCCUCCACGACGUCUGCGCACUCAUGAAGACUCUCCUGGUGCUGUGGGUCACCUGAGCUUCACUGAGAUUCUAGACACUUCUCUCAAAGUCAGCUGGAGAGAGCCCAAUGAGAAGAACGGCAUUCUGACUGGGUAUCGUAUAUCAUGGGAGGAGUAUAACCGUACUAACACACGGGUUACACACUACCUGCCUAAUGUUACUCUGGAAUACAGAGUCACUGGACUGACCGCUCUCACCACUUACACCAUUGAGGUGGCUGGAAUGACCUCCAAGGGUCAGGGUCAGCUGUCAUCUUCAACCAUCUCUUCAGGAGUACCGCCAGAGCAUCCUGGGCCUCCCACAAACUUGGCCAUCUCAAACAUUGGCCCUCGAUCGGUAACCUUGCAGUUCAAGCCAGGAUACGACGGCAAGACCUCAAUUUCUCGUUGGCAGGUGGAGGCCCAGGUGGGUGUCAUUGGAGAGAAUGAGGAUUGGGUGAUGGUCCAUCAGCUGGCCAACGAGCCUGAUGCUCGCUCUCUGGAGGUCUCCGGCCUCAACCCCUACACCUUUUAUAGGUUCCGUAUGCGUCAGGUGAAUAUAGUGGGCACCAGUCCACCCAGCCAGCCUUCCAGAAAGAUCCAGACCCUGCAGGCUCCUCCUGAUAUGGCUCCUGCAAAUGUCACCCUGCGAACGGCCAGCGAAACCAGCCUCUGGCUCAGAUGGGUGCCUCUUCCUGAAUGGGAGUACAACGGGAACCCAGAUUCGGUGGGUUACCGUGUGCAGUACAGCAGGACCAGAGCUCAGUCCAAAUACCUGCUGCACGUCAUUGCAGAUCGCCUGGAGAGAGAGUUCACCAUCGAGGACCUGGAGGAGUGGACGGAGUAUGAGGUCAGAGUUCAGGCCAUCAACGGCAUUGGAGCAGGACCCUGGAGUCAACCCGUACGGGGAAGAACCAGAGAGUCCGUCCCAUCUUGUGGCCCCACGAAUGUUUCUGCAUUUGCCACUACCUCCAGCAGCAUUCUGGUCCGCUGGUUUGAAGUUCCCGAACCCGACCGGAAUGGACUCAUCUUGGGCUAUAAGGUGGUGUAUAAGGAGAAGGAUUCAGACUCUCCUCUUAAGUUCUGGAUGGUGGAAGGAAACGCCAGCCACAGUGUUCAGCUGACCGGACUGGGAAAGUAUGUUUUGUACGAGAUCCAGGUGCUCGCCUUCACCCGCAUUGGAGACGGCCGACCCAGCACUCCUUCAAUCCUGGAGCGAACCCUUGAUGAUGUGCCCGGGCCGCCGGUCGUCAUUCUUUUUCCUGAAGUCCGGACCACCUCGGUCAGACUCAUCUGGCAGCCACCUUCCCAGCCCAACGGCAUCAUACUGGCCUAUCAGAUCACAUACCGCCUGAACUCCACCAAUAGCAACACAGCCACGUUUGACGUCUUGAACUCCAGCGCACGGCAGUAUACCGUCACCGGACUGAGGCCGGAAUCCGUGUACGUGUUUCGUAUUAGAGCGCAAACACGCAAGGGAUGGGGAGAGGCAGCGGAGGCUUUGGUGGUCACCACCGAGAAGAGAGGUAAUGCAUACAUCCAAUCAGCUACUGCCACACAAUUUGAUGUAACGUGGGACCCGCCUCCGCUGGAGACUCAGAAUGGAGAUAUUCAGGGUUAUAAGAUUUUCUUUUGGGAAUAUAAGCGUAAAAACGAGACCGAGAAACUGCGGACUCUCUUUCUGCCAGAGGGAGGGGUGAAGCUCAAGAAUCUAACGGGCUACACCACCUACAUGAUCAGUGUUGCUGCUUUCAACGCAGCCGGAGAUGGGCCACGCAGCCCACCAACCAGAGGAAGAACCCAGCAAGCUGCUCCCAGCGCUCCCAGUUUCAUUCAUUUCAGCGAGCUCACCACCACCUCAGUCAACGUGUCGUGGGGCGAGCCUGUCUUCCCUAAUGGCAUCAUUGAGGGUUACAGACUUAUCUACGAGCCCUGCAUGCCUGUUGAUGGCGUCAGUAAGAUCGUGACGGUGGACGUGAAGGGGAACGCCCCCCUGUGGCUGAAAAUCAAAGACCUGGCGGAUGGCGUCACGUACAACUUCCGCAUUCGCGCCAAAACUUUCACCUACGGUCCGGAGGUGGAGGCCAACAUCACCACAGGACCUGGAGAAGGAGCCCCGGGCCCUCCCGGUGAGCCCUUCAUCUCUCGAUAUGGCUCCGCCCUCACCAUCCACUGGACCAAUGGGGAUCCCGGGCGAGCACCUAUCACCCGCUAUGUUAUUGAGGCCAGGCCCUCAGAUGAAGGCUUGUGGGACAUCUUAAUCAAGGACAUUCCCAAGGAAGUGACAUCAUACACCUUCAACAUGGAUAUCUUGAAACAGGGAGUCAGCUAUGACUUCCGGGUCAUCGGGGUGAAUGAUUAUGGGUAUGGGUCUCCAAGCCAACCGUCACCAUCUAUAUCAGCACAAAAAGUGGCUCCGUUCUAUGAGGAAUGGUGGUUUCUGGUGGUGGUGGCUCUGGUCGGCCUCAUUUUCAUCCUGCUUCUAGUUUUCAUCCUCAUCAUCAGAGGCCAGAGCAAGAAAUAUGCCAAGAAAUCUGACUCAAGCAACAAUUCUAACUGUAAUGCAUUGACACAUGGAGAGAUGGUCAGCCUGGACGAGAGCCGCUUCCCUGCCUUGGAACUGAACAAUCGACGACUGUCUGUCAAAAAUUCCUUCUGCCGCAAAAAUGGCGUCUACACUAGGUCACCUCCUCGACCCAGUCCAGGCAGUCUGCACUACUCAGACGAGGACGUCAGCACCAAGUACAAUGACCUGAUCCCAGCAGAGAGCAGCAGCCUCACAGAGAAACCAUCAGAGAUCUCCGAUUCACAGGACAAGACUCGCUGUGAUGAAACUUUCUCAAAAGUAGGAUACAGCCCUGCAGGAAAGGAGGCGCUUGUUUUCUCCUUUAAGACUGGGGGCCUCCAUACUCUUCCAACUCAAAGGGGUAGUGACAGCGAAUACGAGGUGGACCCCAACCGACAGAAGACCCAUUCAUUUGUCAACCACUACAUCAGUGACCCCACCUACUUCAACUCCUGGCGCAGGCAGCAGAAGGGAAUCUCCCGAGCACAGGCCUACAACUACACCGAGUCGGAGUCUGGAGAGCCCGAACCCUGCGCUCCUCCGCCGCCUCUGCCCCCUCUACCCCCUCUACCCCCGUUCCCCCCGCAGCUCAGUUCCCCUACGCCCCAGAGCCAGUCCCAGACUGGCAGUCUUUUUAGACCCAAGGGCAGCCGGACUCCCACUCCAUCCCAGCAGAGCUCCAACCCACCCAGUCAGCACAGCACACUUUAUCGGCCCCCAAGCAGCUUGGCUCCAGGCUCCCGGGCCCCCAUCGCUGGCUUCUCCUCCUUUGUUUGAUAGAAUGAAGAUAUCGGCACAUGGAAAUUCAAAACGAAGGCAGGGGAUCUCUUACUUUCCCCAACACCUGGUCAAACUCACGUCUAUAGAAGAAUGAAAACAAACAUCAGCCCUGGAUCUGUUGUGUUUUAGCUGAUUUUUAUUUUUGUAUACUUUCUUUGAUCACACAGUUUGUUUGUUUUUCGUUUAGGUUUUUGUUUUGUUUCUUUGCUUGUGUAUGUUCAGCGUGUUUCGCUUAUAAUGAAAGACAAUCACUUGGAAAGACACGUAAACGCAUCAGUGAGCUUUGUUUGUUUUGGUUUGGGUUUUUUGUGUAAACUGCAUGACUUUUUUAUUGUUCAAACAAUUGCUUUCUUUUGCUUUUUCAUUUUGUUGUUAUUGGUUCUUUUGUUUAAUUGAGUUCCACAAAAGAGUACAACACCAACACUAAGUUACGAAUGCUGGACAAAAGCACCGACACAUGAAAAAUAAUUUUAAAAGGCUAUGGAGAAAAUUUCAGCACUUGGACCACAUCAAGACAAACGCUAAAUGGUGGUUUUGACUGUGAUAUUUUUGUUCUGACACAGAUGACAAAGUACUGCGGUGAUUACGAGAGGUUAAAGUUCAUUUGACUAGAGACUAUGAUCUGAUAAAGACCCGCAUGCACUUAGCACAUGUUUGAGUUGGAAAGCCAGCAUCAUUUAUUGAUGUCACAGAUCAGUUUUCACCAGUGCUCUGAAAAGGCCAAAUGUCAAAUUAAGUGCUUCAUGCUAAUAUGUGUAUUGAAUGUUUUUACGGAGGUAAAAUGUAGAUUGUUUGUAAAGUUGAGCACGAGUAUAUUUUCCCUCGUGAAACUUAUGGAAGGCCAAAUAUGUAAGCGUCUGAUUCACUAUGAUAUUAUUAUACUAUUGCUCUGGAUUCAUUCAUAUUCAGAGCCAUUCAUGUCAGCAGCAGGUGUGUAUGUGUAUAUGUGGUGGGCGGGGUCAUUUGUUGCUCCUUUUGAUUUGACUCUAUGAUGUCAUCCUGAGCUUCAGGUUGCACUUCUGCCGUGCAAACAGUAACGUUGGACACUAACGUCAAUAAACAGCAGCGGAUAUUGGAUAUUUGCCAGGUGUCAAACAUACCCAUCACUUUUCAGAUUUUCCCUUUCCUGAUCAUCUGGCAAGUCAUAAAAGCUGACAACAUUUCAAAGAUUUUGCAACCAAGCAAAUGCAUUGUACCUGUGAACUUCGGAUUUUUCACCACUUCGCUUUGGCGUGGCUUUUCAAAGUAACUGAAGAUAAAAGAAAAUGGACUAAGGGACCCAACACGAUGCCAGCAGAGAACUAAACGGCACUUGCACAGCUUACUUGUGAGGUUUAAUGAUGUUGUUUGCUCUUUCUUUUCCGUGAAGUGAUUUUACUGUCUGUAUAAACAAGGUCAAUCACAUGCUCAGUCUGCCUGAACACAGUAUAUUCCUAAAUAAAUUAUGUUUU